UUGUUUAAUCAUUUACCCCGGUGCAUGACAGUUAUUUUCUGAAAAUUCAUUGUCAGGAACAAAGUUAUUUUGCAACUUGUUGGUGUUCGUUAACUGAACAUUAUUAAAUAAUGUUCCGUAACCAGUACGACAGCGACGUAACAGUAUGGAGUCCACAAGGACGUUUACACCAAGUAGAAUAUGCAAUGGAAGCUGUGAAAUUAGGAUCAGCUACGGUUGGACUUAAAAAUAAGACUCAUGCUGUCCUUAUUGCCCUCAAACGAGCAUCCUCUGAACUGUCAGCACAUCAGAAAAAGAUCAUUCCUAUAGACAAACAUAUGGGAAUUUCUCUUUCAGGUUUAACUGCUGAUGCCAGGAUGUUAAGUCGAUACAUGCGAACUGAAUGCUUAAAUUACAAAUAUUCUCAUGAUGAUGUAUUACCUGUAAGUCGUUUAAUGACUUCAUUGGGAAAUAAAUUACAAACCUGUACGCAAAGGUAUGACAGAAGGCCAUAUGGCGUAGGUUUGCUUAUAGCUGGUUAUGAUGAUCAAGGACCUCAUAUAUACCAAACAUGUCCUUCAUCAAAUUAUUUUGAUUGUAAAGCAAUGGCUAUAGGAGCACGUUCUCAAAGUGCACGAACAUAUUUAGACAGACACCUGAAUUUGUUUUCCUCAAGUGAUCUUGAUGAACUUGUAAAACAUGGUCUUCGUGCAUUGAGGGAUACGUUGCCGAAUGAAGUUGAUUUAUCAGUCAAGAACGUCUCUAUUGCUGUAGUAGGGAAAGGUACAGACUUCACAGUAUAUAACGAAGAGGUGACUGCUGUUUAUUUAUCUCAAAUCGAAGAUGAUAAACGGGGAAAGCCAACUGAGCCAGACGUGGAACAAGAUCCAAAUCCACCACAACCUGCCCCGUCCGACGAAGGUCCACCAGACCCUCGAGUUUCAGUUGCAAUGGAGACAGAUUAAGAAUACUGUUGCAUGUACUGUCCAAGAGUUAAAGCACCAACACCUACAUCUCUCAAGUCCUUCAUGGUUCGUUCAAUUUCUUCAUCGGUUUCGCCUAAUCCCAACAUUAUCGAUGAUUUUGUAAUCAACUCUGGAUUAAGUGUUUUUGCUGUUUUCAAGACGUUCAGUGAUUGUCUAAAUAAUAUACAAAUAUGUAAGUUUUUUAAAGAUUACCAAGGAAAUUAUAAACACUUGAAA